AUGGGAGCUAGGGUUUGGCAAAGGCGGAUCGCGAUGCUCUUGUCGCUCGUUAUAAUUUUAUUGAACACUUCAAUUUCUGCCUCCGCCUUUGACGCUACCACCGCCGACCUCAGUAGGAGCAUUAGUAGAAGCAAGGAGGUUUUGAUGUGUCCACGAGAAUCCCUUUUAGAUUCGAUCUUUCCAUUUCUAGAUCAAACCUGCACCGCUUCUUUUGAUUCUUCUAGUUUCUUUGGUGUUACAGAGAUAUGCUUGGUCAAAUGGCAUAAUUCAAAAUUUUGUUAUCUUGUAAAGGGAGAUGGGGUUUCACUACAGAAGGCGUUGAAUUUGGUUCAUAAAAACAGUCGUACAUAUGUAGCUGUGCUCUUCUAUGCAGCGCGGUGUCCUUUCUCUAGGAACUUUAGGCCAAGCUUUUCCCUGCUUUCUUCUUUCUAUCCUUCUGUCGCUCAUUUCGCAAUUGAAGAAUCGUCCAUCAGGCCGAGCAUACUCUCAAAGUAUGGAGUUCAUGGAUUUCCGACUCUUUUCAUUUUAAAUUCUACAAUGCGGGAACGCUAUCAAGGUUCUCGGAAUCUGGGCUCCCUUGUUGCUUUUUAUGCAGAUGUUACUGGUAUUAAAACUGAAUCAUUGAAUAAGGCACCCCUUGACAAAAUUGUUCAUCAGUCAAAUCACGAGAAACAUGACAAUUAUGAUCAUGAAAGCUGUCCAUUUUCAUGGGCAAGAUCUCCGGAGAAUUUGUUUAGGCAGGAGACAUAUUUGGCUCUGGCAACAGCAUUUGUGCUUGUAAGAUUGAUUUAUUUGUUUUUCCCUACGCUGCUUGCAUUGGCUCAAUUUGCUUGGAGACGGCAAAUUUGUAACUUGAGAAUGGGGAGCUUUUUGGAGCAUCCUCGAGCAUAUCUAAACGGGAUAAUGCAGAUUUUCAAUUCUCUCAAGGAGCCUUGCAAGAAGCGUAAUUUGUAAGAAGGAGCAAUGAAUGCUAGAGCAUGGGAUUCCAAGUCACUUGCUACAGUUUCAAUAGGCGAUGCAAGCAAUAGAAUUCAUGGUUAAUGAAUUUAUUAAUAUCUAAAAAGAAAUAGCCUUUUUUUCUACUACUCCACUUCUCAAAUGAAUAAAAGUAGCAAUGUGCCCGAACCUGACAGACACAUCUUUUUCCUUUUGGGAGGGUACUCCGAGCGAACCCAGCGCUUGCGCGAAGGAAGAAUGUGCACCGAUAAGUGAUAGUCGCUGAACUUUUGUCCGACAUGGGAAUUGAUAUACAAUGUUCCAACAAGCGGUCUGGCUGCAAGGCCUACUGCGCAAGGCAGAAUCAUCUUGAUGUACCUUGAUUAUAGUUUAAUUUGAGGUCUAAUGUUCUGUUAGAAUGUGAAAUAUAUUGACAUUAUAGUAUCCGUUUUUCUCAUUUGUUCAUAUAUGAUUUAGUAUACAAUUUUUUUUUCAUUUAUGAAGUAAUGAUUGAAAUCCAAUUUGUAUAUAUAUACUAUAAGUGAGAGACUUGAUGUGCAAUGUACAUCUUUGUUCCUUUCA